GAGUCGCGGGCAUUUUCUCUAGAGUUUGGGUUUCACGCAUCGGCUGCUGUUCUUCCUAUUUAAGAUCAUCAGCAGGACUUGUGUGCAUCCAUAAGAUAAAAUCCCUGGUGGGUGACCUCUGACUAUGGAAAGCCUCCUACUGUCUGUGUACAUUCUCACCUUCCUUAUUGGCCUACCUACUAACAUCCUAUCCCUGUGCACCUUUUGCAUUAAAGUUUACAACAAGCCCAUGCCCACUGAUAUCCUGUUACUAAACUUAACUGUGUCAGACUUGCUCUUCCUUUUAGUUUUGCCACUGAAGAUGCAUGAGGUAGCCUCACAUAUGAAGUGGUCCCUGCCCUAUGCCCUGUGCCCAGUCACUUACUUUGUGUUUUUUUCCACCAUCUACACAAGCUCUCUCCUGCUCAUGGCUGUCAGUGUGGACCGUUACUUGGGUGUAGCCUUCCCGGUGAGGUACAGACUGUUGAAAAAGCCACUUUAUGCUGCAGUUGCCUGCGUAGGGAUCUGGGUCAUCAGCUCUGCCCACUGUAGCAUUGUCUUCAUCGUAGAGCACCUUUCUUUGGGGAAUGACACCUUGGACACCACCGUCUGUUAUGAGAACUUCACAGAGGAGCAGCUGAACAUACUGCUCCCUGUACGCCUGGAGUUCUUUGUGGUGAUAUUCCUGGCUCCACUUCUCAUUUGCACAUUUUGCUACUUGAGCUGUAUCCGCAUCCUCUCUGCUCAGUCCCGGAUCUGUCACAAAAAGAAGAAGAAAGCCAUUGGCAUGGCUUUGGGGACUCUCCUGGUUUUCGUGAUCUGCUUCCUCCCAUAUAAUUCUUCCCAUGUUUUUGGCUACGUGAAAGGGAAGAGCCCACCCUGGAGGGACUACACAUUGCUCCUCAGCACCUUUAACACAUGCUUAGACCCAAUCAUAUUCUAUUUUUCCUCCUCUACUUUUCAGACAAUGGUCAAGUAUUUUAUGCUCAAGAUUGUAAGAUUGAGAAACCUCAUUCUCAGAUCAGAAAGGCUGUCAAAUGUGACAACCAAUACUGAAAACAUCCGUCAGGAAAACUGAAUUAAAGUGGAAAUCAAAAAUAUUUGCACUUAUCUUUUAAAGCUGUAUAUCUGUAUGUCUUUUUUUGCUUUGUCUUUGAAACCUAUAUAUGCAAUAGUGAACUUUGUCUCAAAUAAAUACUCCAUAAACA